AUGCCAACAACAUACACCCCACCCUUCCUCUUCACCGCCACACACACCCUCGGCACCCUCUCCCUCGCCGGCCUCAGCACCCUCAUGCUCACAAACCCCCACCUCUACCACAAACACAUCCUCCGCUCCACAAACCCAUCAACAACAGACCUCUUCAUCUCCACCCAAUUCACAAGCUCCACCCAAGAAGUCCUAAACUCCUCAAUCCGUUCCUCCGGCAUCUUCCUCCUCUCAACUUCAAUCGGUCUCUUCGCAACCAGAAACCACUACCCUUCCUCAUUCUAUCUCCUAAGCACCGUCUCCCUCGGCGUAGCAGCAGGUCACGCAUACCUCCUCAAACCGAUCUUAACAAACGACAUCCUACGAAAAGCAUGGCUGGAAGAAACGGAAAGAGUGACAAAGAUGGGUGUGGUGGUUGGUGUUAACGCCCUAACGGUUUUGAUAAGUCUUUGGGCUGGAUUGAGUUACGGUGGAUGGCCAUGGCAUGCCGAACGCAUGUUUUUCAGUGCACCUGUGGGAAAUCCUUCCGGUCAGAGUUUCGGAUCCGGGAACCCCGACGAUUUUGAUUUGGAAGGAGUGGUGAACGUCUUUGUGAAGGGUGCUGUCGAGUUGGCUGGUGGAGUUGGUGGACUACUUCAGGGCGUUUUGGCUGCAUCGUCGUGA